UGUCUCUGCUUGUCAAAAAGCAGCAGCCGAGCCCCAGGCGCCGGGAGCGCAGAGCAGCGUGCCCACCCGCCGGACCAGAGUCCCUUGGGACUGAGUCCUCACAGAAGGGCAGCCCAGGGUUCGACGCUUCUGCCCACGUGCUCCUUCCUUCAGGGAUGGAGGCCAUGGCGGCCAGCACUUCCCUGCCCGACCCUGGUGACUUUGACCGGAAUGUGCCCCGGAUCUGCGGAGUGUGUGGAGACAGGGCCACGGGCUUUCACUUUAACGCCAUGACCUGCGAGGGCUGCAAAGGCUUCUUCAGGAGAAGCAUGAAGAGGAAGGCACUGUUCACCUGUCCCUUCAGUGGAGACUGUCGCAUCACCAAGGACAACCGGCGCCACUGCCAGGCCUGCCGGCUCAAGCGCUGUGUGGACAUCGGCAUGAUGAAGGAGUUCAUCCUGACAGAUGAGGAGGUGCAGCGGAAGCGGGAGAUGAUCCUGAAGCGGAAGGAGGAGGAGGCCUUGAAGGACAGCCUGCGGCCCAGGCUGUCGGAGGAGCAGCAACGCAUCAUCGCCAUCCUGCUGGAGGCGCACCACAAGACCUACGACCCCACCUACGCCGACUUCACCCAGUUCCGGCCUCCAGUUCGAAGGGACGAGGGUGGCGGGAGCCAGCUGUCAGGGCUCUGCUCCAGACACACGCCCAGUUUCUCUGGAGACUCAUCUUCGUCCUGCUCAGACCACUACACCACCUCUCCUGACAUGACAGAGCAGACCAGCUUCUCCAAUCUGGACUUGAGUGAAGAAGACUCAGAUGACCCUUCUGUUACCUUGGACCUGUCCCAGCUCUCCAUGCUGCCCCACCUGGCUGACCUGGUUAGUUACAGCAUCCAGAAAGUCAUCGGCUUUGCCAAGAUGAUCCCAGGCUUCCGAGACCUCACCUCUGACGAUCAGAUCGUGCUGUUGAAGUCAAGUGCCAUUGAGGUCAUCAUGCUACGCUCCAACCAGUCCUUCACUAUGGACGAUAUGUCCUGGACCUGCGGCAGCCCAGACUACAAGUACAGUAUCAGUGACGUGACCAAAGCCGGUCACAACCUGGAGCUGAUCGAGCCCCUCGUCAAGUUCCAGGUGGGGCUGAAGAAGCUGAACUUGCACGAGGAGGAGCAUGUCCUGCUCAUGGCCAUCUGCAUUGUCUCUCCAGACCGUCCCGGGGUUCGGGACGCGGCAUUGAUCGAAGCCAUCCAGGACCGCCUGUCCAACACCCUGCAGACCUACAUCCGCUGCCGCCACCCGCCCCCGGGCAGCCACCAGCUCUACGCCAAGAUGAUCCAGAAGCUGGCCGACCUGCGCAGCCUCAACGAGGAGCACUCCAAGCAGUACCGCUGCCUCUCCUUCCAGCCCGAAUGCAGCAUGAAGCUCACUCCCCUUGUCCUCGAGGUGUUCGGAAAUGAGAUCUCCUGACUGACUCCGGCAGCUGACAGUGGUGCCUGGGAAGGGCCCCCAAGGCCUUCCCACCCCUCUGGAGUUGAGCCUCUCCCUCCCCACCUCCUCAUGCUGCCCGGCCCACCUCCUCUCCCGCCCAGGUCCCUCUCUCUCCCUGGGACCAGAGACUGUCCCCACCCACUCCUGAGACAUCAGGCAUGAGGAGUUGCUGUUGAUUUGACGAGGGAAUUCGGUGGGGGCAGAGGGCCGCAGCUGACAGUGGGGCCUCACCUGGGGAUGUCCCCCACCACUUCAGACAUGGCUGCUGGCUGGUGCAGAGGGAACAGGCUGUCAGGGGAACACACCCAUUCCUCAGGGACAAAGAUUUUUGUACCUCCCACCACCCCACUGCAGGCCCACCUGGCCAGAGCCUGAUGGGGACUGCCCUCCCCCCUCCCCCACCCCACUGCCAUCAACAACUGAACCCCAACCCCAGCUCAUCCUGCUGCCAUCCUGCACCCAUCCACAUCGGGACAUCAUGGGAUGGGCCCUCUCCUCACUGGGCCGUCUGGGGCACUCACUGUCCAGGGGGACCCAGACCAAGGUGACAAAGGUCGCACUCCCCCUACACACACACACACACUACACAUUCACUCCCCACCUCUGCUGGUCCCAGGGCUCUCAUCUAACCUUUCAAUGCCCACUUCAUCCCAUUGGUAACAUCUUCCCAGAAAGAGCAGUGGUUUUCUCCCCAAGUGGCGCCCUGGCCCGGAGGCUGCCUGCCAAGUGGCUCCAGGAGGGAAGUGAGCAAGAGGCCUUGCGUGGCUGAGGGAGAGAGAGGAGCCUGGGAUGACAGGAGAGGACUGACUGGGUGGUGACCCUUGGUCUCUCCCUCCGGAUUUAAGUGUUGGUCAAAGCAGGGACUCUCAGUGAUCCACAUGGAGGACUGAGUCCCCAGGUGGCAGAGACUGUGGGGGCGCUGCCCUCACCCUCACACACCUCAUCCUGCCAGUGCCUUAUGUCCACCCAGCAGAGAGAAACUGCCCACCCUGAUGCUCACCCCACAAUGGCCAAACCCAGAGCUGGGCCCCUCUGCCCACCACCCCACAGACAGACAAAUAGUGCUCUGCUGCCCAGGUGGGGAUGGCAGGGGAGGGGGUGGAGAGCUUUCCUAAUCCACAACUCAGCUCAGUGCCCCCUACACACACACACACACACACACACACACACACACACACACACACACACACCACACGUCACCCUCCUAGUUUUUGAUCCCAGAUUGUCAUUCCCUGGAGACCCAGGAGCCAGAUGAUCCUGGUGCUCCUUGGGCUGCAAGUGGAGGGGCAGCAGGCCAGGCUUUAAGGGUGGGGAUGGGGGUUGGGGGCUGGUCCUUCUUAUCCCCACUACCCAGAGGCUCAAGGGGUCUGCUUAGACUCAGUGUCCCCACCCCCCACCCCCCAGACAUGGGGACUCAUUUGUAGAGAGGAUUAGCUGAUGCAGAGAGAGAGGAAAGCCUGGCUCUCUCGCCUCAACUUGAGGCCACCUGAAAGACCAAUCCAGUUUCAGGGUGGGGGUUGAGACCACAGGACCCCAGAUGUUCUGUCCCCACUAACCUUCCUCCCCUAAAACAGAGCUGAUGCUCAGUGAGAGCACGUAGUAGGUGCAUGGGGCCAGGGGCCAGAUCAGUGGGGAGUCGUGAAGCCUCUGCCAGCAGUACCCCUGGCCACCCUCACACAGAAGCUCACAUUCCCAAGCUAGGAGGUGUUUUCAGAACCAGAUCCCACCUUGUAUUACAUUCCAGCACAGUGGUAAACAGGUGAGAGUCAUCUGGGAGGAGUACUCCUACACUGUGAACAUUCUAGAUUUUAAUGCUCAUGGUCGUUGCUGUCUUGUGAAUGAGGACGAGACCUUUGUUAUUUAAUUUGAGCUGCAGAACGCAUUGGUCUGCUUGCUAUGCCGAGUAGGGGGAAACUAGUUCAUCCCCCACCCCCACCCCAUUAAAGAAAAUAGGUGUAGAAGUAAGUGUGACUCCCCCAAGCUCACAGAACCAGUUAGGGGUAGCACCGAACUGGGCCCAGGCUCAGCCCUGGCAGCUUGGAGCUCUUCACUACACCUUACUUGAGCUCAGACCUCAGUCCCCAUUUCUCCAGUAGCUGACUUUGCAGCCCCUUGGGGGAAGCCCUGGCUAUAGAUAUGCUAGAUCCCUAACCCCAUCCUCCCUCCCCUGGUGGUCACCCUGCUGACCUGUGAGGAGGAUUCAGGACACCUCAGCCUGUGUUUCCGUGUGAAUCAGACCCCCCCCACACAUGUGGCCCUGGCCAGACAGGAGCUCUGCUCUGGCCCUGUAUGAUGCUGUUGCCUUAUCAAUAAAGAGCCUUUGUCUUUGUAAUGUCUCCACCUCCCCAACUCUCUUAUCUAUCUAUCUAUCUAUCUAUCUAUCUAUCUAUCUAUCUAUCUAUCUAUCUAUGUAUCUAUCUAUCUCUUUGGUCCUUCUCCAGAAAAUCUGUCUUGGGAUCUGCAACACCCAGCCCUCUUCCACAGGGAAGUCGAGAGGCGGGGAGGAAGGGGGGUGUGUUGAGGUUUCACAAGGCUGAGUUCAGAGAAACUAUUAUCUCUUUUGCUUUAGAAUGAGAGAGUGUAGUCCGAGAGAGAGUAGUCCAGCCUGUUAGAACACCAGAUUUGCGUGCCUGGGGCCCCGAGGUCCCAGUUCAACCCCCCAGGAACCACCAUAAGCUAGAGCUGAGCAGUGCUGUGGUCCCUGUCUCUCCUAAAACUAUUUGAUUAGAUACAUCUUUCAAGAAGAAAGAAUGUGAGACUGAAAGCAGACAUUUCUAUGACUGGUGCAGUGGAGGAAGCUGACUGAAUCAUGUGCCGCUGACAGAGGCUGGGUGGGUGGCAGGUCCAGUGAAGCUGGAGAAAAAGUAGCAGAAGAGACUUUAAAGAAUGCCUCCUGGCUGGUUUCCAAAGAGAAUGACCUUUGCCAGCUUAGCUGUCAAAUAAACCAAUGCAGAAAACUUUGCCUGAGGUCAUAAAAGUGUGUCGCCUACAUAGCACUUACUUUGUGUCAAGCAAUGCUGUAAAUAAAUGCUUUGUGCAAACCAG